AUGGAUCAGGCGCAGCGCGGCGCCAACGCGCUGGCAGCCUCAGAUUAUCCCGGCGCUCUGGCAGCAUACACCCAGGCACUCAUCGAACAUCCCACCUCCCCAGACUACUUCACCAAACGGUCAUUGGUCUUCACCCGUCUCAAGCCCGCCCGUUACGACCUUGCCCUUCGAGAUGCCGAGUACGCCGUCCUUCUCGCUCGAAAGCGCGCCAGAAGAGAGUUGAUUCAAGCUGCACAACAGAGAAGAGUGAUUGCUCUACACGGUCUGGGUCGUUAUGCAGAUGCAAAGUUUUUACUAAGUACCAUGGAGCGAUGGGUACCCAAGGAAUCCAGACCUGCUAAAAUGGAAAUCGACAUGUGGAAGGCGAAGGUGGAAUCCAAACUGCAGAAUGUCCCGGAGUCGGAGAAGGUGGCCACUGUGAAAGAAUAUCCUGAGAUCGAGUUACCGACCGACGCCAAAAUGACGGAGAAGCUGGAAGCACAGUUGAAUGCCGAUGGCUCGUUCAAACUAGACCAAGAUUCGAAUGGAAAGUCAUCGGACCCUUCUACCAUCUUAGCUGGUGCUUUACCUUCAACAAAUGGCACAGAUGGCACAGCCAACGGAGAAGCGAGUGCUGCCGCUCCUAAACCCACAACUGAUCCAGUCCCGACCCAAAUUCGACACGAGUGGUACCAGAAUGCGCAAUCUGUCACUCUGACUCUCUAUGCAAAGGGAGUUUCCAAGGAUGCUGCCCAGAUCGACAUCAACGAGGAUUCGGUUUACGUCUCUUUCCCACAUCCGUCCAACCCAUCCACCAGCUUCACUUUCGCUCUCGACCCAUUAUUCGCACCCAUCGAUCCAAGUCGAAGCAAAUCCGCCGUCUUGUCGACUAAAGUGGAGUUGACACUCACGAAGGCACAGGCCGGUCAGAAAUGGCACACUUUAGAAGGAUCAGCUCCUCUGAAGCCUUCGAACAACACAUCCAGUGCCACAAAUGAAGACGCCGCCAGGGUAGCUGUGAUGGACACGCUGAACCAAAAACAAUCGGAGUCUUCAACCAAGCCUACUGCUUCAGCUCCAUCAUAUCCAACCUCCUCCCGCCACGGCCCUAAGGACUGGGACAAACUCGCCAACGAUCUCCACGCACAGUCCAAAGCAAAAAGAGUCGUCAAGAAAUCCGAUAAUACCAACGAGGCUGACGAGGAAGAGGAUAUCGAUUCAGACUACGAAGGAGGCGAUGCCGUUGAUGGAUUCUUCAAGAAACUCUAUGCAGGAGCGGAUGACGAUACGCGUCGUGCAAUGAUGAAAUCAUACUACGAGAGCAAUGGGACGGCGCUGAGCACGAAUUGGGCGGAAGUGGGCAAGGGGAAAGUUGAGGAGGUUAAGGGCAAGGAUGAUUAG